UUUAUUUGUCUUGGGUGCAACGAAGACCACAUGCUGUGUUUUGUCAUGUUGGAAAUACUGAAGCAGAUUUCCAUUGUGAAUGUGAAUUUUUUUUUAAAAGCCUUAACACUUCAGUCUUAACUCAGCUGAUAGAAGCAACUUAAGAUGCUUUGGUUUCAAGGCCAUAGAAUACAAUUUGUCAAAUUCUCCUUUGGACUCCUCUUGAGAAAUCUCUCUGCCCCUCAGACUACUCUACCUGUGCUGACCAUAUUCACAAAGGAUCCAUGCCCCCUUUGCGAUGAAGCCAAGGAAGUAAUCAAGCCUUAUAAAAACAGAUUUAUUUUACAGGAGGUGGACAUCACACUUCCAGAAAACUCUGCAUGGUAUGAAAGGUAUAAAUUUGACAUUCCUGUCUUCCAUUUGAAUGGCCAGUUUCUGAUGAUGCAUCGAGUAAACAUCUCAAAACUUGAAAAACAGCUCCUGAAACUUGAGCAGCAAGGUGCUGGAUACUGACUAAUGCUCUUGUGAUUUUACACCCUCUCUGUCCAUCAGGCAUGUCCAUCCUGAGGAGAUGGCCACGGCCUCAUACUUUUGUUAAUUUCACAUAACCCUGAAGGAUAUUCUAUAUUCAGUGGGUGCCAAAUGUUGACAUUCCUCUUCUGCAUGAUAGACAUACCAACGUGGGAACUGCUUACCUGUUGGCAUUGUAUAAAAUAAGAGGAGUGUGUUGGCAGGGAGGGGAUGAUGGAGGGAGAAAGAAGUCCAUUUGGCUUACUUAUUUUUCCCAUUUGUAUUAAUAUUGAAGCACUUCACAUUUGCUGGACAGUGCCAUUUACAGGAAGAGCACUCUGCAUUCCUGCUGCUGCCCUGGAGGGCUUGACGUUUUAAUGAAAGAAUAAAUGCUCUUCCACUCAGUAGAUAAAGUGAAAUGUGAAUUGUUAAUACACUGUGCACGGUCAAUAAAGGAAUGUUUU